AUGCUAACAGACUUUUCUGUAACAUUUCUUGCUUGUGGAACUCUCUUCCGGUUUUAUUCUAUCUAUCUAUCUAUCUAUCUAUGUUAUUAUUAUUAUUAUUAUUAUUGGUCUUCACCUGGCAUCUCGAUCUUUCAGCUCUUCCCCCAAUUCCUAACCCACAGAUAUCCAGUUCUUCCUCUACCCUCUAAGCCUCAGAUCACCCCGUUUUUCCCUCUCCUCACCCUCAGAUCUUCCAAUACUUCCCCUACCCUAAUUUUCAGAUCCCCCAGUUCUUCCUCUCCCCCUAACCAUCAGAUGUCACCUUUUUCCCUCACCUCGUCACUCUCAGAUCUUCCAAUACUUCACUCACUCCCUACUCCUCAGAUCUCGCCAUUUUUCCUCUGCCUCCCCUCCUCUCUGAUCUUCCAGCUCUUCCCCCCUCUCCCUAACAAUCAGAUCUUCCGGUUCUUCCCCAACCCUCAGAUCUACCAGUUUUUGCCUCCUAGUAACCCUCAGAUCUUUCAAUUCUUCCUCCCACCCCAACCCUCAGAUCUUCCAGCUCUUCCCCGACAUCUAACCCUCAGAUCUCCUAGUUCUUCCCCGACCACUAAUCCUCAGAUAUCCUAG